CCUCCCCCCGCCCGCCCCCCGCCCCCCACCCGCCGCCAGGGAGCCGCAGCCGCCGCCGCCGCCGCCACCACUCCCGCUCUCUCUGCUCCGCCGCCGCCGCCGCUGCCGCCGCCGCCACAGGCUGAGUCUGCAGCCCCGAGAUCUCAGCCAUCAUGUCGAUAGAGAAGAUCUGGGCCCGGGAGAUUCUGGACUCCCGUGGGAAUCCCACGGUGGAGGUGGAUCUCCACACUGCCAAAGGUCUUUUCCGGGCUGCGGUGCCCAGUGGAGCCUCCACUGGUAUCUAUGAGGCCCUGGAGCUGAGGGAUGGGGACAAACAGCGUUACUUAGGCAAAGGUGUCCUGAAGGCAGUGGACCACAUCAACACCACCAUCGCUCCUGCCCUCAUCAGCUCAGGUCUCUCUGUGGUGGAGCAGGAGAAGCUGGACAACCUGAUGCUGGAGCUCGAUGGGACUGAGAACAAAUCCAAGUUUGGGGCCAAUGCCAUCCUGGGUGUGUCCCUGGCCGUGUGUAAGGCAGGGGCGGCCGAGAGGGAAUUGCCUCUAUAUCGCCACAUUGCUCAGCUGGCCGGAAACUCCGACCUCAUCCUGCCCGUGCCGGCCUUCAACGUGAUCAAUGGUGGCUCUCAUGCUGGGAAUAAGCUGGCCAUGCAGGAAUUUAUGAUCCUCCCAGUGGGCGCUGAGAGCUUUCGGGAUGCCAUGCGACUCGGGGCGGAGGUCUACCACACACUCAAGGGGGUCAUCAAGGACAAGUACGGCAAGGAUGCCACCAAUGUGGGAGAUGAAGGUGGCUUUGCCCCCAACAUCCUGGAGAACAGUGAGGCCUUGGAGCUGGUGAAGGAAGCCAUCGACAAGGCUGGCUACACAGAAAAGAUUGUCAUUGGCAUGGAUGUCGCUGCCUCGGAGUUUCAUCGUGACGGCAAAUAUGACUUGGACUUCAAGUCUCCUGCUGAUCCUUCCCGAUACAUCACUGGGGACCAGCUAGGGGCCCUCUACCAGGACUUUGUCAGGGACUAUCCUGUGGUCUCCAUUGAGGACCCCUUUGACCAGGAUGAUUGGGCUGCCUGGUCGAAGUUCACAGCCAAUGUAGGGAUCCAGAUUGUGGGUGAUGACCUGACAGUGACCAACCCAAAGCGUAUUGAGCGGGCAGUGGAGGAAAAGGCCUGCAACUGUCUGCUGCUCAAGGUCAACCAGAUCGGUUCGGUCACUGAAGCUAUCCAAGCGUGCAAACUGGCCCAGGAGAAUGGCUGGGGGGUCAUGGUGAGUCAUCGCUCAGGAGAGACCGAGGACACAUUCAUCGCCGACCUGGUGGUGGGGCUGUGCACAGGCCAGGAGAUGAAGGGGCAGCCACUGAGCUGCUUAUCUUUGGGCAUGUUUCAGAUCAAGACUGGAGCCCCGUGCCGUUCGGAGCGUCUGGCUAAGUACAACCAGCUCAUGAGAAUUGAAGAAGAGCUGGGGGACGAAGCCCGCUUCGCCGGACAUAAUUUCCGCAAUCCCAGCGUGCUGUGAUCCCUCUCCUUACCCGGAGACUUGGAACCCCUCUCCCAUCCUCCUGGAACCUCUUUCUUCCUGUCCUGCUCUGUGACAUCUCACCCUGCCAGCCGCCCCCCUGCCCCCCUGCCCCCCCCCCAGCUGACCUGCUGCGCUGUUCCUUGGCUUGUCCAGCCCCUGCUGUGUGCUCUCCCCUCUCUGGGUUCCACACUCUCCACUUCUCUGUCCUUUCUAUUCUGUCUCCUCAAACACCGGCCAUGGGACUGAGGAUUACAAGGGAGUCCAUGGAAGAACAGUCAGGGUCUGGGACAGGUGCAUCAGGGUUGGUUGGCGAGGCGUGUCCGGGGGGCCGUGCGUCUGUUUUCCUGUUUUCCGUGUUGCCCAUGAGCGGCGCCCCGAGGUGGAGGGCGUGCCGGCUGCGUGCGCGUGCCAGGCCUGGGCCUUUAGUGGGUUAUUUAUUCAGUUAUUUAUUGUUCAUUCCUCUUAAUUAAUUCAUCAUAUCUCCAUAACUCCGGAGUGUAAACCUGGCCUGACCGGAAGUGAGUGAGUGAGUGUGUGUGUGUGUGUGUGUGUGUGUGUGUGUGUGUGUGACGUGGCCGGAGAUCGGAGAUGGCCUGGGGCUGGGAGCUCUUGCUGGAACGGGAAGGGUGACAGAAAAGGGCCUUGCCCAUCGGCCCCCUUGCGUCUACCAGCCCUUAACCGAAGCCGCUCGGUCCAGAGGCGGGGCUGUGUUCCCUGGGGACGCUUCCCCCUAACUCUCUCCUCAGCCCCCGGCUCCCCUGUUCCUCCUCCAGCUGCACCAGAGCAAUGGCUCACUCCCCUGUGCCGGGUUCCACAGUUGCCACCCCCUCUGUGGCGUGGAAAUGAGCACCACCAUUAAAGUCUGAAUCACAGUG